AUGAACAGUCCCACAUCCCCGGAUUCCAAGCCUGCGGUGCCCCUGAUAGGUCCCACUGGGGCUUUCAUGGUCGAGUUACUAAUUUGGAACGGGUCGCCCUUCAAAGAUCAUUGGGCAUACUUUGUUCGGUCGCACGCCGACCCUGACAUAGGCGUAAAGAUACACGCGACCGGCAAUGUGAGAAAUGGCUUUGAGUUCGAGAUUAAGCGGAGUGAAAACCUGCAAACAACCGACGACGUUCCUUCAACCAGGGUUUCACUGCAAUGGGUCGACGAAGAGUACUUUGAUGAGAAUGCAAUGCUCAAUGACGGGGAAUACAAAAUCGAUAAUACGCCUGUCUGUCGGUUCGAGAAGAGUGUCAAUGAGAUUCAAGCUCCAGGAAAAAGUCUGAGCACAGUCAGUGACGGGUCCAAACCAGGUAGAAAAGUGAUUCAGAGAGAUUGCCAGACAUGGAUUGUCGAAUCUGCCAAUCAACUUCGCCGUGACAACAUUUUUAGCGACAAGGUUGUCGCUUACCUUCAUGCGAUUAAGCAAUAA